CGGUAUUCGCUCAGGGCUCCAGAUCCUCAGGACCCGGGAGUCUUAUUUUCUGUGGGCAGUCAGGCCAAAGAUACCCUUUAUCAAAGAGGAUGGAGUUGGGAAAAGGAAGACUUCUCAGGACUGGGCUGAAUGCAUUGUAUCAGGCAGUACACCCAGUUCAUGGCCUUGUCUGGACUAAUGGGAACCAGGUAGUCCUGACUGAUUUACAGCUUCACAGUGGAGAGGCCAGGUUUGGGGACUCAGAGGUCAUUGGACAGUUUGAACAUGUGUAUGGAGUGUCUUGGGCCCCACCUGGCACAGCUGACAUGCCUGCUCUGCUCGCUGUGCAGCACAAGAAGCGUGUCAUUGUGUGGCAGCUAUGUCCCAGCAGUACGGGGACGAACAAACGGCUGAUGUCUCAGACCUGUGAGAUUAGAGAAUCACUCCCUGUCCUUCCCCAGGGCUGUGUGUGGCAUCCAGAAAGUGCUGUCCUGGCUGUGUUGACUGCGCAGCGUGUCUCCGUUUUCCACAGUGUUCACUGCGACAGUUCCCGGGUGAACGCGGACAUUGACACCCAGGGCCUCAUUCACUGUGCGUCUUGGACCCAGGAUGGCCAGAGGCUGGUGGUGGCAGCUGGCAGCAGCCUGCAUUCCUACAUUUGGGACAGUGCUCAGAAGACUCUUCGCAGGUGCUCCUUCCACCCAGUGUUUGAUGUGGACAGCUCUGUGCGCUCCAUCAGAGCCACCGUGGACUCACAGGUCGCUGUAGCCACUGAGCUCCCACUAGAUAAGAUCUGUGGCUUAAAUGCAUCUGAAAUCUUUGAUGUUCCACCUAGCGGUGAAGACCCUUGUCUGUGUACUUUCCCGGUUAUUGAUGAAGUACCCACCACGGGUAAGGGGGCAGUUGCUUCUAAAACAAGUGUUGAAACAUCAGUUUCUCCCCUUUCUUCCUUUUCAGAUCCUCUGGAUCUAACUCAUAUGCAUUUCAAUACGUCAAAGUCUGAGGGUAGUUCUCUUAUUUGUCUAAGAAAAAAAGACUACUUGACAGGAACUGGCAUGGAUUCUUCACAUCUGGUCCUUGUGACCUUUGAGAAGGAGGUUACGCAGACCAGAAAAGUCACCAUUCCAGGCAUUCUUGUUCCUGAUCUAAUAACAUUUGAUCUUAAAGCUCAGGUGGUAGCAGUGGCUUCUAAUACUUCCAAUAUAAUUUUUAUCUAUUCUGUCAUCCGAUCGUUUAUACCAAACAUCCAGCAGAUUCAACUUGAGAAAAGUGAAAGACCAAAAGGUAUGUGUUUCUUGACAGAUAAGUUAUUAUUAAUUUUGGUUGGAAGACAAAAAUCCACUGAUUCAGCUUUUCUUCCUUCUUCAAAGACUGAUCAGUAUAUCAUUCGUUUGAUUGUUAGAGAAGUAACAUUGGAAAAAGAAUUGCCAGUAACAUCGAGUGAAAACCAGAGUGGAUACUCUACUUUCAGUACUCCAUUAAGUAAAAUAGACAGAAAAAAGCUACUUGAAAGUCUUUCCCCAGAUUUGUGUCACCAAAACAGAGGGCUCUUGACAUCUGACAGCCGUAGUCAAUGCGAAAGGCCUGGAAGAACCCUUAUUGAAGAAAUCAGGAGCCCUCCAAGCAGUAUCUGUGAUGGCUCCAUAGCUCUCAGAACUCUAGAUGCUGAGCCCGUUAACCGCUCAGUAACACCACCCAGGUCCAGCAGCACACCAGACCACACCAGCACUCCGGAACCUCCUAAUUUGCCUCAAAGCAAGAACUCACAGAAGGAAAAGGAAACUUACCGACUGUCUAAGGAAAUGGAAAUUUUGUCUAGGACCCUGACUGAAGUGCAGCGAUGUCUUUCUGAACUCACAGACGCUCUGCAUAAUGGGAAGAAGUCCUCUCCUGUGUAUCCACUGUCUCGGGAUCUGCCUUACGUGCACAUCACUUACCAGAAAUCUCAUUAUGUAGGUCCUGUUGUUGAAAAAAGAGCUGUGCUUCUCUGCAAUGGCAAACUAAGGCUCAGUACAGUUCAGCAGACUUUUGGCCUCUCUCUUAUUGAAAUGCUCCAUGACUCACACUGGAUCCUUCUCUGUGCUGAUAGCGAAGGCUUCAUCCCGUUAACUUUCACAACCACUCAGGAAAUAACCAUAAGAGAUGGCAGCUCAAAUGUCUUCAGAGACUCUGCCUCAGAGUCUUAAUCCUGGUCCUUCUCUCGAAGUCUAUAGAGAGCUUAGUGUCCAAAGUGUAGAUGCCACCAGCUGUCCCACCCAUUUAGGCAGUAUGGCCUGAUACCUUUUUUUUUUUUUUUUUUUUUUUUUGAGAGAGAGAGAGAAUCCCAGGCAGGCUCUGCUGCUGUCAGCGCACAGCCCGACACAGGGCCCAAACCCACAAACCGUGAGAUCAUGACCUGAGCCAAAGUCAAGAGUCGGGCUCUCAACCAACAGAGCCACCCUGGUGCCCUGGCCUGAUACUUGUUUGCAGAGUUAUUUGCUGCAUAGCUUUUCAGAUGAGGCCAUUACAGACAAGAUCUGUCUUCCACCAUGGACUCUUCUCAGCCGGGAUUUGCAUUGUCGCUCAGAAGUGAAGCACGUGCCAUGGUUGGCUUGGCCACUUGCCCCCCAUUUCCCCCAGGCUGAGGCUCACUGCUCUGUAGCAGAGCUCAGUCUUUGUUAGAUGGCUCAAAAAGUGGUUGUUUAUGUAUUCAUGACCGUGUGGUUUUGUCUAAGGGCAGAAUUCCCAGAACAAAACAAUAUUAUGGUACCAUAUGGAUUGUGUUUUAUGGUUUCUCUGAGGCUUUCUGUCCCUUGCCCAAAACCGUUAAAGCUGUCUUAGAAGCACUUAAAAGGUACUUCGGCAUUGUUAUAGAUCAUUUCCUUGGCUGAUGAGAGCAAGAGGUACCAGAGAACAUAUGCUCCAGCAUGUCCUGUUUACCCCAAACCAGCAGGAAUCAGCAGAGCUCAAAAGAAGACCAAAAAAAUCAACUGACUUCUGUGCCCAGCGCUACCUAGAACAGGAAGUCGUUCUGAUGUUGGCUGGACCUGCCAGGAUUUAAACCUAACUCUCUUGCUUCCUUAAAAAAUUCUGGCUAACUAUGGUCUAGAUACUCCUAAAAACUAGUCCUAGCAGAUUUCAAAUGAAAUUUCAAAUGCUGUGAUCCCUCUGGACCCCACCUGAGCGUGUGCGUGUGUCAAUAGUGCAAUGCCUAGCACAGAGGUCAGAGGCGUGAUUCUAUGCUGUCACUCCUCCUGAUUUUCUCCCUGAAAUGCUUCACCCCCCCAUCCCCCAGUUUGGGGAUCAUAAAAAUGUCCUGUUUUUCUCCCAGUACACUACCUUAGUUACAUUGUCACUUUAAUUUUGAUGUUUUUCUUUUCCCUCCAUUCAGGUCUUAGAGAAGUCUGUGAGAGAAAGUAGUUCAGAAAAUUGGAAAUUUCACUGAAUCUAAGGUAGGUAGAAGUACGAGCUUAUUAUAAUUAUGGGCUCAAGUGCCACCUUAGUAAAGUGGAAAGAGCCCUGACUGCAACUUCAGAUAGACACAUCACCUCUCACGCACAAUCAUAAAUUUCAGUGACGGCAGCACAACAGAUUGAUGGCUGUGUGGCUAGUCAGGGCACAUCUGCAGAUAAAUUGUUUCAGCCAUAGAGGUUCCAUUAGCACAUAUGCAUCUUUCUCCCCACUUUCCUUUAAAAUUGUCUGGAAAGAAAGAUUUUGUGCCCUUGGGGACUUCUGUCUGUCUGUUACCCUUUAUGAAGAUGGAGCUGGGAUAAGAAAGAAGCGAGGGCCCAUUUUGUGGUUCAGAUGCAUUAGGCAGCUGCUGGGAUAAUGGAAGCGGAGGCUGCUGGUCUGUAAUCAGUAGCCUGAGAGCAGUGGCUGAGGACAGUCUGAGGCCUGGCUGCAUUUGCAGAGGAAGUGUCUGCAUGGGAUGAAAGUACACUAUUAUGAAGCCUGCAGAGGGGGCCUGGGGACCCUGUAGUAAGAUCAAUGUGGGUGCCUCAAAGUAUAUGUUAUGUUCACCAUUUCCCUGGUCAGAGUCCUGUAAAUGAGUCAAUAAAAUCACUAAUGGUUGA